AUGGCUUCCACACAACCAAUGCUCACCAAGUUCGAGUCGAAAUCUUCCCGCGCAAAAGGCAUUGCCUUCCAUCCUAAACGGCCAUGGAUCCUUGUCUCCUUGCACUCUUCGACUAUCCAAUUAUGGGACUACCGCAUGGGCACGCUUAUAGACCGCUUCGAGGAGCAUGAUGGACCAGUCCGGGGCGUUGACUUCCACAAGACGCAGCCGCUGUUUGUGUCCGGAGGUGAUGACUACAAGAUCAAGGUCUGGUCAUAUCAGACGAGGAGGUGUUUGUUCACACUCAAUGGCCAUUUGGACUAUGUACGGACAGUGUUCUUCCAUCACGAGCUGCCAUGGAUUCUGUCAGCUUCAGAUGAUCAGACUAUACGGAUAUGGAACUGGCAGAACAGGUCACUGAUCUGCACGAUGACGGGUCACAACCACUACGCUAUGUGCGCACAGUUCCACCCAAAGGAGGACCUCAUCGUAUCCGCAUCUCUCGAUCAGUCUGUAAGGGUGUGGGACAUUUCAGGGUUGCGAAAGAAGCACUCAGCACCUACUUCAGUUUCUUUCGAGGAUCAAAUGGCAAGAGCAAACCAGAAUCAGGCAGAUAUGUUUGGUAACACGGAUGCAGUUGUCAAGUUCGUACUGGAAGGUCACGAUCGUGGCGUCAACUGGGUGGCAUUUCAUCCGACUCUGCCACUCAUCGUUUCAGCUGGCGACGAUAGAUUGGUGAAGCUUUGGAGGAUGAGUGAGACGAAAGCGUGGGAGGUGGAUACCUGCCGUGGCCACUUUCAAAACGCUUCGGCUUGUUUAUUCCACCCACACCAGGACCUCAUACUUUCUGUUGGCGAGGACAAGACGAUUCGUGUUUGGGACUUGAACAAGCGAACCUCUGUGCAGUCAUUCAAGCGCGAGAACGACCGUUUCUGGGUGAUUGCAGCACAUCCUGAGAUCAACCUGUUCGCUGCUGGCCACGACAAUGGUGUGAUGGUCUUCAAGCUUGAGCGCGAGCGACCUGCUAGUGCAGUUCAUCAGAAUCAGCUAUUCUUCAUCACGAAGGACAAGCACGUGCGAUCAUACGACUUCCAGAAGAAUGUUGAGAGUCCAUCUAUGCUGUCUCUGAAGAAGCUUGGCAGUGCAUGGACGCCUCCUCGCACACUCUCAUACAACCCUGCUGAGCGAUCUGUGCUGGUCACCACACCUGCAGACAGCGGCUCGUACGAGCUUGUCAAUCUGCCGAAAGAUGCUUCUGGUGCUGUGGAGCCGACAAAUGUACUGCGCGGCAACGGCAACGCAGCGGUCUUCGUCGCACGAAAUCGCUUCGCAGUAUUCAACCAGACGAACCAGCAAAUCGACAUCAAGGAUCUUACCAACUCCACAACCAAGACGAUCAAGCCUCCGCAUGGCACCACAGACAUGGUCUAUGGCGGACCUGGCUGCCUGCUUUUGGUGACUGCGACUCAUGUCUACCAGUACGAUAUUCAACAGAAGAAGCAGCUGGCAGAGCUGGCGGUAGCAGGUGUGAAGUAUGUGGUCUGGUCCGGAGAUGGUCUACACGCCGCAUUGCUCAGUAAGCACAACGUAACAAUCGUCAACAAGGCUCUUGAGCAGGUCAGCACCCUACACGAGACGAUUCGAAUCAAAUCUGCAACCUGGGACGAUGCUGGAGUACUGCUUUACUCGACCCUCAACCACAUCAAGUAUACUCUAAUGAACGGGGACAACGGUAUCGUACGGACGCUCGAGCACACCUUCUACCUAGUCCGAGUAAAGGGACGAAGUGUCUACUGCCUGGACCGCGCCGCCAAGCCGAAAGUGCUCACCAUUGAUCCCACUGAAUACCGCUUCAAGCUCGCGCUUGUCAAACGCCAUUACGACGAGAUGCUCAACAUCAUCAAGACAUCCAGCUUGGUUGGUCAGAGUAUCAUCUCGUAUUUGCAAAAGAAGGGCUAUCCGGAGAUUGCUCUUCAGUUCGUGCAAGACCCGCAGACCCGGUUCGAGCUUGCCGUCGAAUGUGGCAACCUUGAUGUAGCUGUUGAGAUGGCGAAACAACUCGACCGACCGAAGCUUUGGCAACGUUUGUCCACAGAAGCUCUUGCGCAUGGUAAUCACCAGAUCGUGGAGAUGACGUACCAAAAGCUCCGGAACUUCGACAAGCUUUCAUUCCUCUACCUCACUACUGGCGACCAGGAGAAGUUACAACGUAUGGCCAAAAUCGCUGAGCAUCGUGGCGACAUGACAAGUCGGUUUCAGAACGCGCUGUACCUGAGUGACGUGCAGAACCGGAUAGAUAUGUUCAAAGAGGUCGACCAGUACCCUCUCGCCUACCUCACAGCUAAAGCUCACGGACUCGACGACCAAUGUCAGGAGAUCUUGGAAGCGAGUGGUAUGACAGAAGACCAAGUGAAUCUGCCGAAGCUCGGCAAGCCUGUACAGCCACCACAAACUAUCGUUCCUACACACAAUGCAAACUGGCCUACAAAAUCAGCAGGCGCUAGUUCAUUCGAAAAGGCGCUCAUGGCCGAUGGUGAUGAGACAAUCGCGCCAGAAGCGAACGGAUACGGUGAAGAGGACUUGCUUGCGGAUGAAGAGGCGCCUCAGAACGGCUUCGCAGCCGAAGAUGGCGAAGACGACGAUGCGGCAGCAGGUUGGGAUAUGGGUGACGAUGCUAUACCGGAUGCUGAAGCAGAAGACUUCGUUGAUGUCGGUGCUGAGACGUCAGGAGGAGCAGGUAGCAGCGAAGCCGAUCUCUGGACGCGUAACAGCCCACUUGCAGCCGACCAUGCCGCAGCAGGCAGUUUCGACAGCGCUAUGAAUCUUCUCAAUCGCCAAAUUGGCGCUGUCAACUUCGCGCCUCUUGAAGAGCGUUUCCUGGAGAUCUACGCUGCGAGCAGGACGUUCUUGCCUGCUAAUCCUGGCAUGCCACCUCUUAUCAACUUCAUACGCCGGACAGUAGAUGAGACAGAUUCGAGGAAAAUCCUGCCCUUGAUCCCGCGAGACCUCGAGAGUAUUCAGGCUAUCGAGUUGACGACCGGCAAGAACGCCAUGAAAGCCAACAAACUCGACGAAGGCCUUCCUCACUUCCGCCGCGCACUCCACUACCUCAUGGUCAAUGCCGUCUCCUCGCCAUCUCAAGUCAGCGAAGCGCAAGCCGCAAUCCACACAGCGGCGCAAUACAUCAUCGCCAUGAGUGUGGAGCUUGAGCGUCGGAAGAUCGUGGGUGGGAGCGCGGACAUUAGUGGUUUGGAUGAGGCGAAGAGGAAGCGGGCUUUGGCGUUGAGCGCCUACUUCACUGUGCCGGAGAUGGAGGCACAGCAUCAAACUCUGGCUUUGUUCAGUGCGAUGAACUUUGCUAGCAGGAACAAGCAGUUGGGUACUGCGCUGGGUUUCGCUAAUGCGUUGAUUGAGAAGGGGACUAAUGUCAAGUUUAAGGAGACGGCCCGCAAAACCAAAGCUACAGCCGAGCGCUCACCCACGGAUGCUCUGGAUAUCGAAUUCGACUCCUUCAACCAGUUUGACUUGUGUGCGGCUUCCUUUACACCGAUCUAUGCUGGAGACGCUAGUGUGGCAUGUCCGUUCGAUGGAAGCAAGUUCUUGCCCGAGUGGAAGGGUAAAGUGUGUAAAGUCUGCGGGGUGUGCGAGGUUGGGAAGGUGGGCAGUGGCUUGAGGUUGAGGGUCUGA